CGUCAGGGAUCCCGAAAUUUCCUAACAUCCCUGGAUCGAUUCCUCUUUCUCUCGUCUCACCUCCCGUCUCCCCCGACCUCCCGAGCCCCGACCUGGGCGCCGUGCGGCCCGUGCGCCGCCACACUGGAGAGGACGCCGGCCGCCCCUGCUCCUGCGCCACCAUACCGGAGAAAAUAACCAGCCGCCGGCCCGCCGCUCAUCUGUUCGCCGUUCUUCGCCGAGCACCUGUCUCCGGCGUCCGCCGAGCGCGAGCAGCCCCCUCCGGCGGCCGGCCGGCAGGUGCCGCUCCACUGUGUAGGACUGCAGCAACCCCCCUGCUGACCAGCAUUUUGAACUACAAUUGGGAUAAUGGAAACUGACAGAAGCCGGCUCAAUCCAAUGGACCCAAGAAGAGCUCGCUUUCCCUGUUGCAUAGUAUGGACUCCCAUACCCUUCAUCUCAUGGUUGAUACCGUUUAUCGGUCACAUUGGCAUUUGCAGAGAAGAUGGCGUAAUCUUGGACUUUGCUGGUCCAAAUUUUGUGUCAGUUGACAACUUUGCCUUUGGAGCAGUUGCGCGCUACAUUCAGAUAAAUGGCGAUGAGUGCUAUAAGCUUCUUGGUACCGACUUAGAGUUGACAUGGGACGACACGCUCAAGAAAGGCGUGCAGGAGUUCCAGAACAGGAACUACAACCUGUUCACCUGCAACUGCCACUCUUUUGUGGUGAACAAUCUGAACAGGCUCUUCUACUCCGGCCAUGAGAAAUGGAACGUAGUCAGCCUAGCUGCGGCAAUGUUCCUACGGGGUCGCUGGGUGAGCGUGGCAUCUGCGGCGAAGGCCCUCGGACCGUUCGCCGUGGUGCUCUUCCUUGGGGCUCUCCUUGGCGGUACGACGUUCCUGGUCGGCCUGCUUGCCUUCGUCGCCUUAAUGACCGGCUGGUUCCUUGUGGGUACUUACUGCAUCAAGGGCCUUGUAGAGCUGUAAAUGGAGUACAGUACAGGGUACAGGGAUCUCCAUUUCUGCAUCUUCUUGUAUCGCUAAAUUCUUGACAGGUUUCUGUACCUUGUACAUCGGAAUGGUUUCCGUGGGGCUUAAACUUAUCAAAUCCAGAUGGUUUUGACUUACUACCAGUUAAGUUCUGCAAUCUAUGCCGAUAUUUCUCACACUUCCGUUUGUGCUAUCCCUUCAAUCUCUACGGCCGGGCAGGUCCGCCUCCCUUUGGUCUGCGCCUCGUUUUCCUGGGUGUGUGCUCCUCUCUUGGGGCGGUGAUUUGGCCUGCUGUUGGCUGUGGUUUCGUGGAGAGUGGUUUGGGGCUUGCUGGACGGAGAAUUGUGUUCUUGGGGUCGCAUUCUUUGUGUGCGCGGUGGGGGCGGGGAGGCGUGUGCGGUUUAGGUUUCGCCGCGGGUUCAGGUUGUUCUGGUGGUGGUUGUUCGUCCAUUGCGUUCGCCCCCGUGUGGUCGUGUGCGAUCUACAACCGGUUGUUUGGGCCGAGCAGGUCGUUGAUGGCCGAUUUGUUGCUGCGUCGCUCCAUUGGAUUUCUGUUCGUCCUCUUCACCGCCUCAUGAGUUCUUUGGGCGCGUCUUAGUGGUCAGGCCGCAUGGGUGGUGUCGCUUUCGGUUCUUCUUCAAGUGCUGCCGUGCGUCGCCGUCCUAGGCGUGGUGUUUUUCGGAUUCGCCGAGUGGCCGUGGUUCUUCUUCCGCUGGCAGCACUUGGCGUGGUGUCAAGCGGCCUGGUAUGGGGCUUCGGUGCGGUCCGCUGUUGUUGACAUGGCUGGUGGUUUGCUGUCCUUGUGUUUGUUUCAGUGGGACGGCUGAUGCUUGCAGUCGUUUUUGGGAAAGGCUUUCCUUCCCGAUUAGUGUUACUGGUUGGUUGUUAUGUCCUUUGCCCGUUCUGCUGGUAUCUUCGUCGUCGUCUCUUCGGGCUGGGGCUGUGCAUGGACUGCCUGUGAUUCCAGACAGUAUUUUGGCGAUAUUUAGGCAGUGUUAAUUCAAAACUGCAAUAAAAAUGGACAUCGGAUCAAGAAUUGUUGGAUCAAGGCUGGUGGAGGCGAGAUUGGUAACAUAUAGUUUUGAUUGUUAGUUCGUUGAUGGCAUCAAAGGAAGAUCUCAUGAAACAUCUCAUUGCUACUCAUUGCUAUACAUGGAACAUCUCAUUGCUACCUGUGUAAACUGGAGGAGCUGUGGAGCUGUUAGCUUCUUCCUUUUUUUUUUCAGAACGUUUAGGAUCCGAAUCUUUAAUAAAAACAGGUACUCGUAGUAAAUUUGCAUGAACCCAAUUAUCCUAAAAACCAGUGCUUAACUAAAUUGCCAAACUCCUAUAGAGGUUUCAAAGAGUUAAGAAUGAUUAGCACCGAAAUCCUUUUCCGGUUUCUUUUCUGAUAUCCAGGUAGCAACUGGCAGUGAGUUGGUGAGGAUUAAUUAAGAAGGGCUGUCCAAAAGAAAUUAAUACAUUUGUUUUAGCAAGGGCAGAAUAGUACAUAUGCUGUUCUUGUGGCAUGUCCAUGUAGUAGAGGAAAGCACAGGUUUCUUGACCAUUUAGAAAAAAAGUGCUUUAUGUGUCGAUACUCAUCUGGUAGUUGUUGGUAGCAGGUGCAACCAUGGAUCAUUAUGGUAUAAAUUAUUUUGGCACAAUAAUAAUUGGUGUGGCCACUAACUCAUGUGUGUGUGUCUAAAUGAAUGUCUAUUUGGCGAAUUCUCUUGAUGUAACCACUAGAAAGAUGAAUGCAAAGGCUGCCUCUCCCAACCUAAACGGCAAACAUCACAAGGAAACAGGCUGACUAAAAUCAUGUUGAUGACUGACCGGGUAGUUAUAAAAAACUUUAUUUUGAUGGUGCGGCAGGGCACGCAUAUAUGUCUAGUUUUUAGACUUUUGGUAGACUUUUGGAGAAUGCUUCGCUGGUGUAUGGCCAGUGGCGUAACAGGCGCCGACACGUGGAGCUGGACCCACACGUCAGUGACUUUGCUGUGCGUCAUCGGAGCCGCGUGCUUCAGUUACUGAAAGGCUGACGGCCAUGAUGGGCCCUCCCGUCGAUCCGAUGGCGGAGGCGUCGCAGAGCCACCACGUGUUGCCGGCCAUGACGUGCGGCGCAGCCUGAUGGAGGUGGAGUCCGGUCCAAGGAGCAAAAGACUAAAAAGGGGGAAAAUAAAAAAGACGAAGGAGAAAACAAAGGGGAGGGGCUAUUACCAUUUUCGAGCAGGGCAGUAAAACAAAAUCCUUCGCCGCCGCCGCCGCCGCCUCGCAAUCGCCUUCCAACCCAGCAGCACCGGCCAUGUCCCUGUCAGCUCCGGCGAAGCCGCUGGGGCAGAGGAAGCGGACACUCAAGUCUUACACCCUCAAGGGAUCUGAUGUGGUCAUCAAACCUAGGGGCACUGUUCUAUUGAAGGCACCUGACUCAUCGAAGUCACCAUAUGUGGCAAGGGUUGAGGCAAUUGAGGCAGCAGGAUCUCGGGGCACAAAUGUGAGGGUGAAGGUGCGAUGGUACUACUGACCAGAAGAUUCUAUUAUUGGGCGGCAGGCAUUCCAUGGUGCAAAGGAAGUGUUCCUCUCUGGCCACCAAGAUGUGCAGAGUGUUGAUGCCAUAGAGGGCAAGUGCAAUGUUUACAGCUUCCCGAAGUAUACCAAGCUUGAUGUUGUCAAUGAUGAGGACUACUUUUGCCGCUUCGAGUACAAUGAAGUUACAGGCAAAUUAGUGCCUGACACUAUAAGUGUGUACUGCAAGUGUUGGAUGCCAUGCAAUCCCGAUGACCUUAUGAUCCAGUGUGAGGAAUGCACUGAUUGGUUUCACCCUGCUUGUAUCGGAAAGACCAUCAAAGAAGCAAAGAAACUUGAGCAUUUUUCCUGUGAAAGUUGUGCUGCUGAAAAGCGAAGGAGAUUGAAAGAAUCAUCAGAACAAAAGAUCGAAAUUGUUCCAUGAUCCCACGAAUAUGGUCUGAUUGAUUAAAUUCUUGUUGUGUUGAUCUUAGUUUUUAUUACAACAAAACUGGUGGUUCAUGCAAUCAUCUAAUUCUACUGGAAGCAGGCAUAGAUGAUCUUGCAUCCCCAACUAUCUGCAAUUAUAUCAAUUAUCUAAUUUUACUGGUGGAUCAUCUAAUUUUACUGGUGGGUCAUCUAAUUUUUAAUGUGUAUUGUUGGAGGGGGAAAAGGAUUGUAUAACACUAGGGCCUCUUUGGGAUAACAAGAAAUGGAAAUUCUACCAAAACUUGACAAAGCUGAUAACAGAUGUACUAUAAAUGGAGAAUCUAAUCUUCGCACGUGCUUGUGAGCCCUAAAUAAACCACCGCAAUGCGCUGUUGCUCAUUAUCUGACCUGCAACUAAUCCAACUAAACUGGUACAUUCAGCAGGUGGAGUCGAAAUGAGGGUGGAGCUGAAGGAGCCUUGGACGAAAUUUACAUCUCUUGCAUGCGAUGUGGUGAUGUUCAUUGCUGUUUCGAGUUUGAUGUGUGCAGACAUGGUAGAACCUGUAACAGUCUCUUCUAGUAUCGGGAACACCCCGGUUUCUUGAGAAUAAUUAUUUAUGAUCAAUCAGAUUAAUUAUUAGUUAGUUAAUGAAUAAUUAGGCAGUUGGUUAUGUAACUGUUCGUGUCACAAAUUUUGGAAAAUUUGGAACGUGAAGGCAAAAGUUUGAGACACCGAUGCAUCUAUUGGUGCUUCUUCAUCUUGUAUAAAUAUCAUCAUCAAUCAAUGGAA